UGUGCUGGAGACACAUGGGACUAAACGCUCUGCUUUCCUCUCCCUGUGGCAGGAACUUCUACUACAUCACCAUCCUGCGUGACCCGGUCUCACGGUACCUGAGCGAAUGGCGCCACGUCCAGCGAGGAGCCACGUGGAAGGCAUCCCUGCACGUCUGCGACGGCCGGUCCCCCACCACCGAGGAGCUGCCCAGCUGCUACACAGGGGAUGACUGGUCGGGCUGCUCCCUGCAGGAGUUCAUGGAUUGCCCUUACAACCUCGCCAACAACCGCCAGGUCCGCAUGCUCUCCGACCUCAGCCUGGUGGGGUGCUACAACCUGUCAGUGAUGCCCGAGGAGCAGAGAAACAAGGUUCUGCUGGACAGUGCCAAGGAGAACCUGAAGCGCAUGGCCUUCUUUGGCCUGACGGAGUUUCAGCGCAAGACUCAGUAUCUCUUUGAGAAGACUUUCAACAUGAACUUCAUCUCGCCGUUCACGCAGUACAAUAGCACAAGGGCCUCCAGCGUGGAGAUAGACGAGCAGACUCAGCGGCGCAUCGAGGCUCUCAAUUUUUUAGAUAUGGAGUUGUACGACUAUGCAAAAGACCUGUUUUUGCAGCGGUACCAGUACAUGCGGCAGAAGGAGCACCAGGAAGCGCGGCGGAAACGCCAGGAACAGCGCAAGAUCCUGCGGGCCAAGCAAGCGCUCCUGAGGGAGCAGGGCGAGAACAGCUCCAGCACUGACUACAUUGGGAAUGUGGAGCGGUGGCGGCGGUAGGGGGGGGGCACUCGCCAGGCACUGGAAAUGAAGCAGAAGCCACCCCAACCCGCACGUGGGACACGACACAGUGACGCUUCUCAAGGGUUUGAAGCAAAAAAGAAGGUUAAAAACGUUGCCUUUGCAGUUGCCUUUGUUGUACUGUACGUGGAACACUUAAUCUUAGUGUGUAAUUGAAUUGUCCUUUUUAGGUUUUGGUGGCAGGAGCCAAGUAGGCUCAUCGGAAAUGGUUGCUUGGACAUUUUUUAAAAGAAAAGGGGGGAAGAAAAAAGCAAAUCCUGACAUGAGUUCUGAGUACAAAAUGGGAUGCUGGAAAAUGUGUGUGAUGCUCGGCUGAAAUCUCUCUGGAAAGCAAACUCAUUUCCUAAUAGCGAGCAUCUAGCAUACUCUCACAAUACAGUAUAUGAGCAAAAGCUGUAUUCCCUUUGAUUUCAUCUUCAUUUUGUUUGAAUAAUGUGCUUUCAAGGGCACCGACUGCUUCUCAUAUUUACCAAGUUAAUGAAUGGACAGUGAAGGGGACAAUAAUGGUCCAGAGAAAAUAUUGACUAGUUUUCUGUAUAAUAUUGGCUUUUAAAAGGAAUAGAAGUAAUUUCUCUAGUUAUAUAAAUAUUGAAAAUUUUAAACUUUUUCUACCUACUGCUGUUUAGAGUUUUAAGCUUGGUCUAUCUCAUAUUAAUAGUAACAAGGACAUACAUACUUUUCGGAACUCAAUGCCAAUGUUAAAGACACUGUUUCCAGAAGCUUUCAGGGCAGUUUGAUUUUAACCAUUCUGGAAAAGUUACAGCAUAUUUUCAUGUUCGUUUCAUAAAGCCUUUUCCAAAUUAGAACCCUGUGACAGUGUCUCAUUUUAAGCCUUUCUUACCCAUUAGAAUACAUAAUUUCUCAUUCCUUAAUCACUGGUGGUAUAAACUAGACGAAAUUA